AAUACACACACACUCAAAACACCUCAACUCUGUUUAAUCCUUUCUGCCAUGACGACAAAAUGCUUUAGUAUCACGGCCUCCAGAAACUGGUGCCUCCGAUCGACCUUCUCCAGCUCCGGUCUCCGAUCAACCGUCACCGACCUCGGCGACGGCACCACCAUUCAUUGCUGGGUACCCAAAACCCGAAAAGAAACCCGACCCGAUUUGCUAUUGCUCCACGGAUUGGGAGCUAACGCCAUGUGGCAGUGGGGGCCGGAUAUUAUCCCUCGAUUCGUUCGUCACUUCAAUGUCUACGUGCCGGAUUUGGUGUUCUUCGGCGACUCGUAUACGACUCGCCGGGAACGAUCUGAGUCGUUUCAGGCUCAGUGUGUGUACCGAGUCAUGGAGGCGAACUCGGUGAAGAGAAUGAGGGUGGUGGGGCUGAGUUACGGUGGGUUUGUGGCGUAUAGUCUGGCUGCGGAGUUUAAGGAGGCGGUGGAGAGGGUGGUGAUAUGUUGUGCCGGAGUGUGUUUGGAGGAGAAGGAUUUGGCGGAAGGGUUGUUUCCGGUGAAGACUUUGGAGGAGGCGGCGGAUAUAUUGCUGCCGCAGACGCCGGAGAAGAUGAAGGAGUUGAUGCGGUUUACUUUUGUGAAGCCGCCGGUGAAGACUCCCAACUGUAUACUUGUAGACUUCAUCGACGAGAUGAACAAAGAACACGUAGAGGAGAAAAAGGAGCUGAUUCAUGCUCUAUGUAAAGACCGUAAAAUUUCCGAAAUUCCCAAAAUACCCCAGCCAACAAUGAUAAUAUGGGGCGAUAAAGAUCAAGUUUUUCCCUUGGAGUUGGGUUAUAGAUUAAAAAGGCAUUUGGGUGAUAAUGCAGAUAUGGUGGUGAUAAAGAAUACAGGGCAUGCUUACAUUGUAGAAAAACCUAAAGAAUUUUACAAACACCUAAAAUCCUUCCUACUCCCUCAAAUCCCCCCUCUUCCACCACCAACCACCACCAACACCACCACAACCGCCGCCAACGGCCAUGCUAAUUUUACCGUCGUAUCCCCACAGUAAAAACACGAGCAAACUGACCAGAUACACAAGGUCUCCACUCUCCAAUCCUUCAAAGUUUUGAACUUUUUUAACUCUUGUAACUCGAAAUUAAUUCGUGUAAUCCAAAAGUAUUUAUUAUUAUCAACUGAAAAACUAUUAUUUAUCUCGCUAGAAGUAGAAUAUAAUGAUUAGACAAUAGACAACCAUAUUUUUUGAACUUUACUGUGUUUACCAUUGAACUAGAACUGUGUUUAUCAUGUACUGAACUGGAACUGAACGUGUUUUUUUUACUGUGUUUACC